AAUAAAAUUCAAUCAAACAUUAUUUUCAAGGUAGCUUUCUUUUAUUAGCAUAACAAUGAAUAUGCUGCGCUAUUUUUAGAUUUAGUAAAAAAAAGAGAGAUUUUCGUCAUCUGGAAGUAGAUAAGGUGAGGAUUGUCGUCACGAGGAUCAGUCUGAAUGUGGACAUUGACAUCGUCACGUCGCUCUUGAGUCUCGAGUAAGUGUCCUAUAAUUGUAAUGUAUUCGAUAAUACAUGCACAUUUACAUUUGUACAUAAAUGGUGUAAUUUCUUACAAUAACGAUUUUCGUUUUUCUUAUAAAACCCAGAUACCCUCAAGUUUCAAUAUGAGCCAUCAGGGAGUUCCUUCGAUGCUUGCAGGAGGAGUGGGACAUCGAUCAAGAUGAAGAUCAGCUUAUGAUUGUUGACGUUCUUCCCGAGCCGUCAGCCGCGGUGAAGCAGCAAGGAUUACAGGAUGGGCGAGAACAAAACGAAACGGCAGUCAAAGGUAGACGAUACCCAUGCGGGACGUGUGGAAAGGUCUUCCGUCAAUUGACCAACCUCAUCCGACACCGCAAGCUUCACGAGAUCGGUCCGAAUGUCAACAAGAAGGCCGUGACCUGUCCGGUUUGCAGCAAAGUAUUCUCUCGUCCCAACAACUUAAAACGGCAUCGCAAGAACCACACCGCAGAUCAGCUGCCGUCCACCACACGUCAAAUAUCGCAUCAAGGCAAUGGAGAGUCGCCACGUGCUGAAGCUGGAAGUAACUGUACGCCUCCCCAAAGCUCAAUCGUUAAGAUGUCAAUCUGUCCAGCAUGCGGAGGUGUUUUCCAGAGGGUGAACCAAAUGUUGUGUCAUCUACAAAACGACCACGGUGGAGUGUCGGCAUCUUACUACACCGUUCGAGCCAAACCAUGAACCCUAUAAAUCCAUCGCUGAGAAUAAGGAGCGAGAGCCUGAUAUGAUGGAGGCUGUUCCCAAUGUCCUUACUUCAACAUCACCGACUGGCGUACCACUACCGUCACCACAGGCACCACAGACACCACAGGGGCACAUCUGCCCACUGUGUGACAGUCUUUCAGUCGACUUGACAGCCUGAGGAGACACAUCAAACGUACCACGAAAGCGGUGCAAUUCCACCGUCAAUACACGAAGAACCGUUAUCACAUCAGAUUUCCCGUCCUGAGUCACCUGAAACUGUUCCCGAGGAUCCCCGCGAGUUUCCAGCUGAUGAUAACGGCGAAGAAAACUUGCAAGAGACUGAUGAUAUUCCCAAAGCUCUCCGUCGACACUGGUUGCCCAUUCGCACGCAUUACACAACCGGCCGCCGCAUUCAAGAUGUAUACAACUUUCGACUGGCUGGAAACUCGACCAUGGACGUUGAUUUGGCUUUGAAAAUGAUAUUUCAGCGCCUUCGAUACA